AUGACCCUGGGUGUGACCCUGACCUGGGCCCUGACCCUAGCCCUAAACCUGGCCCUAACCCUAACCCUGGCCCUAAACAUGGCCCUGGCCAUUACCCUAACCCUGAUCCUAAUCCUAGACCCAACCCUGGCCCUACACCUAAAACUAAACCUAACCCUAUCCCUAACCCUAACCCUGGCCCUAACCACUGUCCUGGCACUGGCCCUGGCCUUAACGCUGGCUCUAACCCUGGUUCUGGUCCUAAACCUGGUCCUGGCCAUAAACCUAACACCUACCCUAACCCUGGCCCAAAACCUGACGCUAACUUUGACCUUGACCCUGGCACUGACACUAGCCCUGACCCUGGCCCUGCACCUGACCAUCAUCCUGACCAUGACCCUGUCCCUGGCCCUGACCCAGGCCCUGUCCCUGGCGCUGGUCCUGGCCCUACCCCUGGACCUAAACCUGAUUUUCAAGGGCCAGCGAGAGCUCACUGGACGCCGCCAGAAACACGAUGCUUCCAAGAUGCACCACCGGCUGGAGGGCACGGUGCCACGGACGGACGGGACAGAGUUCAGACGGCGGCGGUGCUGCCGGCUAAGGUCUGCACUUAGGGGGACAGAGGGCCCCCAGUGGGCCCUGCGAGCGAACCACCAGGCAUGUGCCCUGGGGUGUGCACAGACACCCCACAGGCGCCUGGGGGUUCCUGGCCCCCAACGUGGUGCGGAAUACGUGACCCGCAUGCACAAAGGCCUGCACAGCGGCUGGGAACCACUUCCUGAUGGCCGCCAUGCCAAGGGCGUGGCAACGCAGCCGCAGCCUGCUGGGGACAGAAACCCAAAGACUUUGGUUUCCCGGAAGCUGCCCGGUGGUCAUAAAGGGAAUAACGCUGCCGCAUCACCUGACGGCAUCAUUUAUGGUCGGAACUACGACGACGCUGAGGAUGGCACACAGCAGCAUGGUGGCCCAGAGGGGCGGGGGUGCCCCCAACAGCAAGAAGCACAUGAGCACGUGGCCCGAGGACUCCAGGGACCGGUCACCACACCACACCGCUCGUGGCACCCAAACGCCAAGGUGGCACCACAGUCUCACGACGGCCCGGACUCCUGUGAAACUACCCAGCCGGCACCCGAGCACACGAUGCGCCAGAUGGGGGCGCCCCCACACACCACCAAGGACGGCCAGCAGCCAGCAGGGCACAGAGAUGGGACCGUGACUGCCCUCAGGAGGCGAUAUGCACCGGGGCCACGGUCCUGGGCCCGGAAACCAGACGGGAUGGUAAUGAGAGGGCGAGAGCCGGUGAGGAGGAAGGUGCCAGAAAGGUGGGUGGUGGGAGGGGCCCACGGCACCGCGAGGAUGCCUGUGGAGAUGCCUCCCAACGCAGCCAGCCAGCAGGACACACACAGGAUCUCACCACCAGCGGCCUCCUCGCACGUGGCUGGACUCGAUCCCUGGUGGGAUGACAGUGGUGUGGAACGCUUGGAUCUUCCGGAAAGGGUUAAACAACACCUCCUGAUAGCCCUUUUGGUUUUGUUUUUAGCUGUGGUGUCCGUGGACGGGCGGCCUGUGAGACUCCAGCUCUGCGACACUGCAGGACAGGAUGAGUUUGACAGGCUGAGGCCUCUCUGCUACACCAACGCAGACAUCUUCCUACUGUGCUUUAGUGUGGUGAGCCCCUCGUCCUUCCAAAACAUCAGUGAGAAGUGGGUGCCGGAGAUCCGGUGCCACUGCCCCAAAGCCCCCAUCAUCCUAGUUGGGACACAGUCGGACCUGAGAGAAGAUGUCAAAGUCCUCAUCGAGCUGGACAAGUGCAAAGAGAAGCCAGUGCCUGAGGAGGCAGCUCAGCUGUGCGCCGAGGAGAUCAAAGCCGCCUCCUACAUCGAGUGCUCGGCCUUGACUCAGAAAAACCUCAAAGAGGUCUUUGACGCGGCCAUCGUCACCGGCAUUCAAUACUCGGACUCUCAGCAACAGCCAAAGAAGUCUAAGAGCAGGACUCCGGAUAAAAUGAAGAACCUGUCCAAGUCCUGGUGGAAAAAAUACUGCUGUUUCGUGUGAUGCUGGCAAGAGCCCUGGAGUGGCUGUUUUCAGAUGAGACAGAUAUGAGAAGCUAUAUUAGCUGACAUGACUCGUUUUCCUGUGUAGAACCUGUGUAGAGAAUGCGUGUGCACGUGUACUACAGGAAGAGUUCUCAACAUACAUGUUCUUUCUUGCCUUUAAUUUUCUGGGUGUUCAUCUGAGCUUAGGGAUGAGAUACUUAUUAUGCAAGAUACUUUUGAAGUAAGUUGAGAAUUU